AUGGGAUUCAGCACGCAUGAAAACUUGUUACCUGUUUUUCUCACUCUAUCAUGCUUUUACACAAAUUUUGGCACAGCCUUAGACACCAUUACAGCAUCUCGGUUCAUCAAAGAUCCAGAAACUGUAAGCUCUAAUGACAAUGCAUUCAAGCUAGGAUUCUUCAGCCCCGAAAACACAACAAAUCGCUAUGUGGGAAUAUGGUAUCUCUCAGAAUCCAAUGUCAUAUGGGUGGCCAACAGAGGACAACCACUACAAGAUUCUUCUGGGAUUGUCACCAUAUCUGACAACAGAAACAUUGUAGUAUUGAAUGCAAAAAAACAGGUUGUUUGGUCAUCAAAUGUCUCAACUGUAGGAUCCAAUUCAACUGCCCAACUUCUAAAUUCUGGAAACCUUGUCUUGUUGGAUGACACUACAGGCAUGAUAAUAUGGGAGAGUUUAAAACAUCCCUCCAAUACAUUCCUUCCAAAUUUGAUACUUAGCACCAACCAAAUAACAGGGGAGAAAGUUAAAGUUACUUCAUGGAAAAGCCCUUCUGAUCCAGCCACUGGAAACUUCUCUGGAAGCCUUGAACGCCUCAGUGUUCCUGAAGUGUUUAUCUGGAAUCAAACACAACCAUUCUGGCGGUCUGGUCCAUGGAACGGUCAGGUGUUUAUUGGUUUGGCGAAGAUGUAUACUUCUGCAUAUCUGAAUGGAUUCAACAUAGAAAGAGAAGAAAAUGGAACUGUUCAGAUAACUUACUCUCUACCAAAUAAUUCUUUCUUUGGAACCAUUGUCUUGAGUUCAGAUGGCAAGCUGAUAUACACUGCCUGGAUCAACAGACAACUAGUUGGGAAACGGGUAAUCCAAGAAAGUAACUGUGAUGUUUAUGGCUUUUGUGGCACUUACGGAAGCUGUGAUUCGAGAAAUUCACCAAUCUGCAGCUGUCUGAGAGGUUUUGAGCCGAAAAAUGUUGAUGAAUGGAAUAGACAAAACUGGACUAGUGGAUGUGUGAGAAGGACAGAACUGCAGUGUAAGAGAGUGAGAAAGGGGAGUGAAGCAGGCAAAGAAGAUGGAUUUUUGAAACUGGAGAUGUCUAAAGUGCCAGACUUUGCAGAUCAGACAACUGUUUCUGAUGAGACAUGCAGAACUGAUUGCCUAAAUAAUUGCUCAUGUAAAGCAUAUGCACAUGAUCCUGGCAUUGGAUGUAUGUCUUGGAGUGAAAAGUUAAUUGACAUACAAAGGUUCCAAAGUGGAGGAGUUGAUCUUCACAUCCGCCUAGCUUAUUCUGAACUCGAUGGGGAGAGAGAGAGAAACAAGAAAGUUAUCAUCCUAGUUACAGUUAUAGUAGGAACGCUGAUUGUUUCUACUUGUGCAUAUUUCUUAUGGGCAUGGACUUCUAAGCGGUCUGCAAGAAGAAUGUUGCGGAACACAAGGGAAACUCAUCCAGAAAACCGAACUGGAGGUCUUAGUGAAGAGCUGAAACGAGUUAAAAAUUUCCAGGACCUGCCUGUAUUUGAUUUUAGAUAUAUUUCAACUGCAACAGAUAACUUCAAUUCAUCUAACAAGCUUGGCCAGGGUGGUUUUGGUUCAGUUUAUAAGGGAGAAUUACAAGAUGGACAAGAAGUGGCAGUGAAAAGACUUUCAAGAGCAUCUGGACAAGGGUUAGAAGAAUUUAUGAAUGAAGUAAUUGUGAUUUCAAAACUUCAACACCGUAACCUUGUAAGACUGCUAGGCUGCUGUAUUGAAGGAGAGGAAAAGAUGUUGAUCUAUGAGUACAUGCCCAAUAAGAGUUUGGAUUUUUAUCUAUUUGAUCCAGUCAAAAAGGUGGUUUUGGAUUGGCAGAAACGAUUUAAUAUAAUUGAAGGAAUUUCUCGAGGUUUGCUUUAUCUCCAUAGAGAUUCUAGAUUAAGAAUAAUUCAUAGAGACCUGAAGCCGAGUAAUAUCUUGUUGGAUAGAGAACUGAAUCCAAAAAUAUCUGACUUUGGUAUGGCCAAAAUCUUUGGAGGCAGCGAAGAUGAGGCCAAUACUAGAAGGGUUGUUGGAACAUAUGGCUACAUGUCCCCUGAAUAUGCAAUGGAAGGGCUGUUUUCAGAGAAAUCAGAUGUCUUUAGCUUUGGAGUUUUGCUCUUGGAGAUAAUUAGUGGUAGAAAAAACACAAGUUUUUAUAAUCACGAGCGGUCACUGAGCCUCUUAGGAUAUGCAUGGAAACUAUGGAAUGAAGAUGAGAUUAUAUCUCUUAUAGAUCCAAAUAUAUCUAAUCCAGAUCAUGGCAAUGACAUUUUGAGAUGCAUACACAUUGGACUUCUUUGUGUGCAAGAACUUGCAAGGGAGAGGCCUACCAUGGCCACUGUGGUUUCAAUGCUUAAAAGUGAGAUCGUUAACUUUCCUCCUCCACAGCAACCUGCAUUCAUCCAGAAGCAGCUUGUGUUGAGUGGAGAGUCAUCUCAACCGAGCCACAGAUCAAGUUCCAUCAAUGAUGUUACUGUCACAAAUUUGCAAGGUAGAUAGCUGGUGUUGACUACGCCAUGGUUAAAAUAACUACACUGCUCACGUAGAUGUGAGGCGAGUUCAGGGAGGAGGGGGACCACCAUUAAUGAACUAACCUAGACAAACCGUAACGAGUGGGUCGGACACCAUAUCUCAACACAAAACCUUAACCAUUAGAUUCAUGGGUCCGUCCAUUUAUUAUCAAUUCGCUUAACCCAUUACUUAUCAAUAUAAGACUUAUCACAUUUAAAUAUCCCACCCAUUACUAAGACUCGUCACACUUAAAUAUCCGAACAAUAGACACGGUACCCUGAAGAUUUUCAACCAAUGUAUAUCCUCAAACAAUGUAGGGUUGAUCUUCUGCUGCUAUGUUUGACAUACUUCAUACCUAGUUUAACUUUUUUA